AUGGCCGAGAUAGCAGUUAAAGAAGGGGAUAUGAAGAUAACACAUGUGCCACCCCGGAUUCUGGAUGGGUUAGGUCUAGAAGAAAUUGAGUUUAACAAGCUGCCCUACAAGAUCAAGAUCACUAAUCAGUCAUCCAUGGCUAGAAGAAAGUCAGACUCUCAGGAUAUAAACAACAACAGCACCUUCGUACCUGAUGAGACAUUGAAACUCGAUGACAUUGACAUAAAAACCUUUAUUGAUAAAGGUGUACAAUGUAACCCUGACCCUCUACUGGAGGAGAACCUUGCCAUGACGAAAGAGUUAGAGGAUCUCAAGAGAGAACGUGACCGGCACAAAUGGAGUGCAGAGAAGAUGAUUGCUAAUGAUGAUGGAAAGACCAAGUAUUACACUGGGCUACCUUUCUUUGCAGUGUUCAUCUGGCUUUUCAA